CCCCAGACCUGCUGGAUCACAGGAGCCACAGCACAGAGACUGGGAAACAUGGUUCCAAAGCUGCGCAAUUCCAGACUUUGUCUGCUUCUGCUGCUGGAGCUCAUGGGAAUAGUGGGCUCCUUCCAUGCCACACCUCCUGGUUUAACCCGGGCUCAGUGGUUUGAAAUCCAGCACAUAAAUAUGACCCACGCCCAAUGCGAUAAUGCAAUGCGGGUAGUUAACAGUUACACAGGACGAUGCAAAGGCCAGAAUACUUUUCUUCAUACAACUUUCAAGGAUGUAGUUAAUGUUUGUGGUACCCCAACUAUAACCUGCCUUACAAGCAAAAGUACAAACUGUCAUAAUAGUUCGAUCCGGGUGCCUUUAACCUAUUGUAACCUCACAAGUCGACCGACUCCUGUUGCAAACUGCAGAUAUGCACAGACAUCAGCACAGAUGUUCUACAUUGUUGCUUGUGAUAACCCAUCUCCACAGGACCCUCCCACGUAUCCAGUGGUUCCAGUUCACUUGGAUGGGACAUUACAGCUCCGGGAUCAGCAUGCUGUGCCAUGACUCAUCUGCCAGGAUCCACAGUCCAGGAGUCUCUAUGUGUCUAUUUUUGCCACUCUUCUAUCAUUUAGUCACAAUCUGCUCUAGAGACUUUUCCCUUCCUCUAGCCUGAGUGUAGAACAGGACUGAAACAAUAUUUUAGUUAAUUCUGUGAUGACUUGUUUUGCUUAUAGCUAACAGCCAAAGUCCGCUUUUAUAUACAAGGCUUGCUUGCUUAACGCUUGGUUGCGACAGAGAGCUAAAAACAUGCUCCAAUGUAGUUAGAGAAAAACAACCACGAGUAGCUUCCUGAUAGGGGGCCAAGGCCUGAUCAAUACGUGAAUAAGUUUGUGAGGGGUGUAUGUCCCCUUAUCGGAAGUAACUGGCUGUAACGAAUUCCAGCAAAGAAUAUAAAAGACAUGCACCCCCGCUGCGCGGAGUCCCUGCCCAUGG